AUGACUGGAGUCAGGCGUUACCAGUCCCUUUCAUUCGCCAAAGCGAACUCGAGUCCCUCUGAAGCUGAUGAAAUGAAUGAUAGAGCAAACGAGAAAGCAUCGCAUCUGAUGACUGGUAUGAUGUCAAGAUCACUUGAAGAUGAAUAUUCAGAUUUAGAAGAACAAGAAGAAGAAGAAGAAGAAAACGAAACGGGCAGUAUGAAAGAGCCCGAGUGGCUAAGAGAACGACCAGGAGAGCCAAAGGAAUCUGAGCAUGUUGGAAGAUAUGGUAUUGGUGCUACCUUGUUGAUGAAAAUGGGCUACAAAGAAGGGAAAGGGUUGGGGGCUCGAGAAGGUGGGAUUGUUAAUCCUAUUGAGACAAAGUUACGACCACAGGGAAUAGGUGUCGGUGGAAUCAGAGAGAACACGAAGCAGGAGGAUGAGAUUUCAGUUGAAAGUAGUGAAGAUGAACUGAGAAUCCAUACUAAAGUCGGCAAGACAGAGACAGACAUCAGCCUCAAGCUAUUUAACAUUAUAGACGAGCUCACAGCCAGUGGAGUAGAUAUUCCGUUAUAUAUGAAAGAGAUCUCAGACCAGGCAUCUUCGGGAAAAGUUGUUUCAGUGCCUAAAAUGCACGAAGUAUUCCGGCUUCUUUUUAGGUUUAAAGAAGAUUUAGACGAAACAAAAAACCAGGAGGCUUUUCUUUCCUACCAGAUUGAGAAUAUAGAGAAAACAAUAGAGGAGGACAACUUAGAAUUAAACGCGGAACAGGACUUGCUUAAUAAGUUAGACUCUUUUCAAAGCAGGCAUCCAGAUUCGGAGGCAGAACAAAUCUCAUUGAUCACCGACACUCUAAAUUCCAUAGCAUGUGAACCUUCAAGAAACGCUAAGUCAGCUGGUUUGGCAUUAGCAUCAGUGGCGUCGUCUUUUGUGGGGCAUAUUUUUAAAAAUGAACUUCAGGCCUUUCUCAAAAAAGAUCAUAAGUAUUUACAGGUAUUAAUGGAAUGGACUUCAAUUUCGAAAGAUAUCCAGAAAGCUAGUGAAGGGAGGUUGACUUUUUGGGAUUCGAUGAUGGUCAAUCACAUUGAGAAAAGUUUGAAAGCUCAGAUAGAGAAAAAUAUUGACCAUACGAUUUUGCUUGAAGUCAUAGAGUUCUUAAUAGAAGCGCCCAUACUUCUAGAUAAUAUAUCUGCUAUUUCGAAUAGAGUUGCCAGAGAUGUCAUCUUACCAAAUUUGAAGAAAGAAAUUGAAGAAUGGGAUCUCAAUCGGACAUGUGAUGUUUCACCACCCUUGCAUCUAAUCGACUUUAUUUCAGUAUUAUCCGUUGAAAAAACUUCUUUAGCUCAGAGCUUGAUUUCGAUGGUUUCCGCCAAAUAUAUCCAAUAUAUUGAUUUCCACAAUAUAGAUUCAUUUUGGUUGACAUAUUUACGAGAUGGAAAGAAACAGGAGUAUUUGGAACACGUUGUGGCACCAGAGUUAUCCAGGCUAUUCAAGAUAUGGUCCGUUGCUCUUAGCCACUUUAUAAGCGAUGAAAAAUUUCAAGAAAUUUCCAAUUCUUUCCUCCAGUCCUUGUGCUCUUUCUUGGAUAGAGAAGAAUGGAACAUGUUGUCCGAAGACUUUGAAAGACUAGACCUUGCAUUCUUUCUAAUGUUUGAAACUGAUUAUGAAAUAAUUGAUGAUGCAAAAGUGAUAUUAGUUCUUCAGUUUAAAAUCUUUAAUGCUUGGUUGCAGACCUUAUACCGAUAUUUGACCUCCUCAGUGAGCUCAGGAACGAUUCUCAAGUGGUUUCGCAAAUGGUACGGUUACAUAGAAAAAAAAGUCAUUUUACUUGACUUAAAGGAAGAAGUAGUAGCUUUACUUGAUUGGUAUUUCAAUUCUGCUUUGAAAUAUAUUGAAGAAUACUCUAGCGGUGAAAAACUAUCUAGCUUAGAGUUACCUUCGAUCCAGGGAAACUCUUUCCCAUCUUUUACUACAAUAUUCAAGAAAAGUGCUCUGGCAUCUAAGACAUCAAACGUUGAAGGAAUCCCAUCCCAUCAAUUGCUAACUUCAUUUAAGGACGUAGUUACGUCUUAUUGCUCACAGCAUAAUAUACUCUUCAUGAACUUGAAGAAUAAAUAUCAUCCCACGUUCGGUUUUCCUAUAUAUCAACUUGAGGGCUACUCAGGACGCAAGUUAUUAGCAUAUAUCCAAGACGAUGUCCUUUGGAUCACACCAAAUUUAAAUUUUGAAGAAUUAGAAGACUUUACUCCAAUUAGUUUGGAUGAGCUAUCUAGUCGUAUAUAG